AUGCACAAAUAUGUAAAAACAGACUGGUAUUGGCAAAAGAACGUUGGGAAAAUCAAGAGACGGCUGGAAGAUAUCAAAAACCAGUGGGCAGCUGCACUGGGGUUGGACCUGAGUCACAGUGAAAGCGCAAGACUGGCUACAGAUGCUCUGCUGGAUAGUGGGGCUGAGGCUUACCACAACGUGCUGACUGAGGAGGGUGAGGUGGACUUUCUGUCUCCUUUAGAGAUCCAGUACAUCAUCAGGAACUCCAAGGAUGGUCAGCAGCUGGAGGAGACUAACAAGGAAGAAGCACAAAAGCAGCUUGAGGUGACAGAUCUCUCCUCCAACCUGUCUGCCACCUACUUGCCAAUGGUCUCGGAGAGCCAUGGCCCCAUGCUAGAACAAGGCUGGCCAAUGUCUGAUAAAAGGUACUACCUGAAGGGACCCUCAAACAUCAAUGUUUUCUUUCAGACUGAAAAAUCCCACAACAUCAAAGAUAUUAUACGCCUGUACAUCAGCCAGGCAACCGAGUUAAUAGCUAUUGUGAUGGACAUCUUCACCGAUGUUGACAUCUUCUGUGAUAUACUCGAAGCAGCCAACAAACGAGGUGUCAUAGUUUACUUGUUGUUGGACCAGAGCUCUGUAAAAUAUUUCAGCGAAAUGUGCAAGAAACUCAAGAUUGACAACAGCCACCUAAAGAAUGUAGGGGUUCGAAAAGUGUCUGGUGAUAUAUACUGUGCAAAAUCCGGGAAAAAAUUCUUAGGGCAAAUUCAUGAAAAAUUUAUCAUCAUAGACUGUGUACAUGUGUUUGCAGGUUCAUACAGUUUUACUUGGCUGUCAGAUCAAGUUCACAGGAACUUUGUGACCAUUUUCUCAGGACACAUCGUUGAACUAUUCGACACUGAGUUCCGCAGGCUCUAUGCUCAGUCUAAGCCAGUCAGUGAGUUAAAGUCGCCCAGG